AUGCCCACAGCUCGUAGUACCUCUCCCUCUGGCGGCAACGGCACCCCUCCCCCACCAGAGCCUGAACUUGUAGCUGAGCUCGCUCGGACGAAACGCAAGGUCUCUGUCCUCGAGGACGAUCUCAAGAAAGCCCGUGGUCUGGCGAAAAAGCGACCUGUCACGACUGUUGGUCGAGGUAUCCCAAAGGUUGUCUCACUCUUCGUCGAUCUUCCUACCCUCGUACACGAGGCGGAUAGGCGUGAAGAGGCGGCCAUGUUCGGUGCAUUAGACCGUCUCGUUACAGAUGAAGAAGAUGGUGACCUCGCCGAGGAGGAGAAGGCAGAGCGUGACCGAACCCGGAACCGUAAUUUCACUUCGUACCUUGCACUCAAUGCAUUGGUACCUGGCUUCAAGAAAACCAUCGACCAACUUUCCUCGGAGGAACUCGCUGACUACUAUACCCGCCUCGGGGAUGGCUGCACUGACGCUCGCGGUGACGAUAUUUUUAGCAUGAUAAGCGGUAUGGCAGACUUCCUCAACAAGGCCGGCGCUACUCCCCCUCUUGACCCCGGUAGCCGCGAGGGUCGUGGUCGCGAGCACGAACUCUGUGGCCAAUUGUUAUGUCCGAUUGAGUGGGACUGGGCAGAUCCUGCGGUUCGAGCCAACAUCCAGAACGCUCAUGGAAAUUACGACGCGUCUAAUAGAUUCUUUCUACGUGGUUUCUAUGCCGGCUUCAAGGGUGACGAGAACGAUCUAGAGAAAGGGCUACUCAUGAGCCCCCUUCUUGUGAAGGCGUUCAAGUUCCUGUUCACUUCUCCCAACUCUGCCAAAGAUGUCGUCCUCAUCCCUGCUGACGACGCUCAUACCCUCGACAACCCCCCUGCGAAGAAGCGCAAGACCAAGGCGCCUAUCACGGGUACAGUCGCUUCCAGGCUCCACAUGGAAGAAGUCACUCCUCGUGCGCUUGCUUAUGUUUGUGUUAUGGUCGUAUUCUCUCUUACCGACGCUCCACACUGGGAUGCUUCCUACGACGGCUUCAACUACCGUGGUCUCUAUAACUUCGUUAUCGGCUUCUUUGAGGAUGCGGAGACUCCUGAAGACAAGCAACGGGUGAAGACGCUUUUGCAAUGGUGGAAUAAACAGAUAUUCCCUCAUGCUUCAUCUUCUACCAACAACUCUUCCGGUAACGCCUCUUACACAAAGCUUGCCGCUCAACGUCAUGCUCGGGCUGCUGGUCGUCCCGUUGCUUAG